AUUACAUGGCUGAGACUGGUUGUAAAGCGAGGAGACCAAAAAUGCUAAGUCUGUCCUUAAGAAUCUAAGUUUCUGCUUGCGUGGCAAUGCUGCACCCUUCAGAGAAGAGGACUUGUUUACUGGUAGCAAGGACAUGGUCAGACAAAGUACCACCCCUCGUCGUUACAAGUCACGGGUAAAUAGCAAGAUACAAAGAAUGGACACUCAAUUAUUUUCCCCAUUGUUAGGAGGGAUGACUAGUACCCCACCUCCUCUAGAAUCUUCCCAUCUGUCUAGUGACUGGGCAGCAGGUGGAGAGGAAAUUAGCUCAAGAUCUUCAUUUCAAGACUGCACGAAGGAAAGGGCUCCAAUAAAUCUUCCUUAUUCUGGCAAUGGCCCUGAUAUGUUUGGUCUAGUGUCAAGCAUUUUGGAGGAGCCAAGCAAGCCAGAAGCAGUUACAGAUUGGAAUUCUCUUUCAAGACUCUUUCCACCAAUGUGGGCACCUGACCUUGGAAGCAAUGGUGAAUUCUCAGGGCUCUCACCUAAGCAUUCUAUUCAAAGUAAGGAUUUUCCAAACCUGAUGGGCACACAGAUGGGCUAUGAGGAACACUUGCAAAAGUCUCAUGAUGUGGAGAUGUUACACAGAGGUUUGGAAGAUCUUCACUUCCUAGAGUCUUGGCUUUCUCCAUCUGGCCCUUACACUCAACCUGAUAAUAUUCUGAAGAACAGUUACCUUGAGAAUUCCUCUUUGCAAAAUAAUAACACAAUUCUCCAAGAAAUGUUUUCAUUUCAAAAUGUAGAUGGUGAUGAGCAUUUGGGCAGUUAUGACCACGUGAGGUUAAAUGGAGACUACGAAAAAAUCAAUCCCAAUUUUAGCACUUUUUCUUCCCAGAACAGAAUGAAAGAAGGCACUGGCAUUCAGAAAGAGUGUUGGAAAGCUGACAGAGCUAGAGGCAAAGUUAUGAAAAAUAAUGCUCAAGAACAAACUAAGUAUUCCCCUGAUCUUUCCCAUCAGACUCUUGGUGACUCUUGGGAUAAAGUGUCCCAGGACAGCCAGUUAUUUUCGAAGAGAUAUGAAAACUUCACAGCUGCUCCUAAAUUGCAGUCACCUGCUCAUUCAUCACUAUAUUUUUUUAAUCAAAUCCCUACAGAAAAUAAUUUUUCUGGAAGGACAAACAGAAAACAAGAGGAUGCAAAAACUCAGAUGCAAAAUGGUCAUCAUAGCUUGACCUUGGGAGAUGAUUUUAAUAAUAAUGAGUAUAAGAUCCACAUUGGUCCUCAAGAAUGCUCCAAUCAAGCUUCUGAAUAUGGUUUAUCUGUCAAAAAAAUUAUGCAAAAUGGGAAUUAUUCCUUGUACUGUGGACACACGUGGCUGGAUGGGAAAGCUGCAAGUCCUUCAGCUGCAGCAGAUGCCACAUUGGGAAAGCAAGUGGUGACAAGUCCGCAGUCAUCUGCGGGGGUUUCAACGGUGUCCAGGGGUUCUCCCACCCAUCAGUCUAGAACACAGUCUUACUACUCACAGAUCUCCCCUGCCCUCCCUUCAAGGAAAGAUGGAAGGUUACAAACAUCAAAUGGUAUUUCUAAUAAUUUGGGACUUUCUAACUUCCUCUCAGAGCAUCAGAAGCAGGUGAAACCCGUGGGACGAUCGCAGCGCGAUUCUUCGACUAACGUGGAGGGGCAGUACCACAGAUUCCCCAGGAAUUGUUCAUCUGACUGGUUAGCACAGCAGAAUGCUGCAAGUGAAGACCUUGAAAAAUACCACAGAUUUCCAAAAAAGCAGACCCAAGAACAUAAUAAAGAUGAUAAAAGAGGCAGAAGGACUUGGAUUCCUCCGUUUGGGUGUCCAACCCCAAACCGUCAGCAGUUCAAUGGGUUCCGAAAAAAACAGGAACAAAAUGGCAGUAGCUUGUCAGAUUUCAUCAAUCCUUCUUUUCUUCCUUCUUUCCCACUAAUGUCUGAUUUUAAGCAAAAUCCCAGCUUUCCCCCAUUUAAUCACCAUCUGUUUUCAUCAGGAAAUCAUUUCAGUUUUCCUCCAUCACCAUUUCCGUUCUCAGAACUUGUUGAUCUUUUGCAUUACGACGAUUUUAACCACUUGAAUCCUGUCAUCAGUGAUCUGUUUUGUGGGGAAGUAGCUGCACCAUACUUGGCUUUUCCAGCCCCAUUUAACAAGUUCAGACCUCCAAGAAGUCGCAGUGGGCCUGCUAACGAGCUCCAUAUCCGACUGGAGGAGUGUUAUGAGCAGUGGAGAGCUUUGGAGAAAGAGAGAAAGAAGACUGAGGCUGACCUGGCAAGAAGCUUCCCAGGAAAGCGCAUCACUAGCUCAAAUAACCCUCCUGUGUCCCGGCUCCCUGCGAACCCGUCACGAGUUGAUCGCUUGAUCGUCGACCAGUUCCGAGAGCAAGCCAGGGUGCUCACGCUGAUAGGAAGAAUGGAAAGGCUUUGUGGUGCACCUGUACACAGGAGCAUCCCCGCUGCGUUGGAGCGCCACGUGGAAGCCGUUCGUGUGACGCAGGCGAGGCGUAAGGAGGAGAUGGUUAAUGCUGCUAAUCCACAGAGGCAAGGAGCACCACGUUUUAAUAAUGAGAAAGAUGUUGUGGCUCUGGCAGCUGCCAUCAGAGAGCUGGCUGCUUCCACACGCAAGGCUCGGACGGCUUUGUGGUGCGCGCUGCAGAUGACUCUGCCAAGAACCUCUUCCAGCUGCCCAGCAAAACAAGAAGCUGUUGAAAGGGCAUUGCAAGAGCUUUGUCCUCCAAACACAAGCACACAAGAAAAAAACAACGUGGAACGUGAAAACAAAGGAAGCAAAAAAGAAAACUCAGAGGAACCUGGGAGGCUUCUGGAAUCAUAGCAAGUGAUAAUAGUAGCAAAAAGGAGGCAGGAGGCUGAGGAUGAGGAGGGAAGGGCCAAGUGUCCUGCAAAGUGCCACAGAAGGGGGUUUUGGUAGGUUAUCAAAGAGCUAAAGGGUUAAUAUAAAUGAUCAGGGCUGCAGUUCUAUUACUGUUGAGAGACACAUUGUGUUCAUGCAAUUUUAAUAUUGCUGGUAUUGUAACAUCUGCCACGUCAGAAUUUCAUGAUGAAGGGGAACUAAACAAUAACUGAGCAUUUCCUUGUGUGCUUAUCCAAAGCUGUGGAUCAGCUCUCAGUCAAGCCAUGACCUGAGAAACCAGAGUGUGGUAGAACUUAAUUCUCUCUUUUUUUGUUUUGUUAGUGAUACAAUUUAGCAUAGUUAAACAAAAAUCCAUUUGAAAGGUACUUCAUAAUCGUUCAGGGCUUAUUUUGCACCAUGGUAUAGUUCUUUUAAGUGCCAAAAGUCAUCACUAAGUCAGAGCAAUCCACACUCCUUUGUGACAGGGAAUCAGGUCGUUCAGGUUAUCAGUUUGGCAAGAAUAAUCAGUGUUUAAAAGUCGAUUGUGUGAGAUGCUUCAGAGGUUGUGCUGCUAAACCACUGCAAACUGAGCUUUUCUGUAGCAUAAUCCGUGGAAAAGUUUGCAUUUAAAACAAUGUAGAUUUGCAGCCAGUACUGCGUUGAAAUCCACAUUAGCAGAUGGUAUCAAAUUGUCACUCAGGAUUAGAAAUUAUAUUUAUUGAUUCCUCAGUGGGUUAAAAAACAGUAACUAUAUAAGUUAGUGUGCACUUCAUUACAAAAUAUUGUUUGUUAUUGAUGUAAGCUCACGGUACUAGAGUUUUCAGAAACAUUCCAUAUUUAUUUCAAUGUGUUUAUUGAAUGUUUAUUUAAAAUUCUAUUUUAGUAAUAGAAAGUUGGAUAUUUUGCCAAAUCUUCCAAAUAAUCAGAUGUAACGAUUUACUCAGGAAAUAUGUAUAUUAUAUAAAUAUACACAUGGUAUAUAGGGAUUUUUUUUGGGGAAAGGAUGUUUGCAAAAUAUUUACACAAAGCUAACUGUAUACUAGGUUACCAAAGCUGUUUAACUGGUUAUUUUUUUCGCAUGGGAGAUUUAAUAUAUUUCAUUGCUGUUAAUUAGUCUCCAUACUGUGGCUUAGACAAUCAGAAGUCUUAUGCAUUGGUGUGAGUGUCCAGGGUGAGAAUUAGAAAAGAAUGAGUCAUUCAAGUUUUGUUCUUAGGACACUUAUAAAUAUUUUAAUGCUUUACCAGCUGUCUUACUGUUACACAGUCUCUUAACAUGUACUAAUAACCAACUAAGGUUCGUAGGUAUCAGCAUGUUAAUUAAUGGCUUUGGAGAGCAGCUCUUAUUUUAAGGGUGAAUUAAGUUGGGGAUAUAAACAAAGUUUGAAAGACAAUAAUGAAGAGGAUUAUGUUCCAUAGUGUUCGAUGUUGAAUUCGACAUUUUGUGGGUAAAUAUGUGAUUGUUUCCAUAUAUAUGUUACUUGCAAAAUGGUUCUGUAGUUGUUGGAUCUGUGGGUGUUUCUAGAGCAGAUGUUGUCUCCAUAGCACCAUCAUUAGCUGUGAUGGGGCAGUAGCUCUGUGACUUUGUAGGAACAAGUUACAGAAGCCUCAUUAUAAGCCACUGAAUAAAGUUUAAAAAUAGAAAUCAGAAUAUUAGUAUAGCAAGAUGAUGAGGUUAUUUUCCCUAAAAAAAAAUAAAAAGUAAAAAAAAAAGUUAAUUCAACUUAAUAUUUUCAGCCUUAGCCUAAAUAACAGGUGGUGGGGAGAGUAAUUUUAGUGUGAGUGUUUUCUUUGUGUGCAAGUGCAAUUGGUUUGCACAAGCUAAUUUAAGAAGGUUGCAUUUGCAUUUGUGAAACUAAUUAACUAUCCUCCAUGGUUUAAAAAGUGGAGUCUACAGUAUUUCAGUUAAUGAAUGAUUUUGCUUUUUAAUGAUGAUGCCUGUGUUGACAGGAAAUCAGAAUUUGAAAGUCUUGAUCAGCUUUUUUUCGUUUACAGAACAAUUGUAGUCCUGCAGGAUUGUUUUGCAGUGGUGAAUGUACAGGGCUAGUAGGUCCUUAGUGUAUUGCUCGUGUGUUAAUUAUUAUUGUGAAGGAAUGUGGUCUUAAUUGGUUCAUAAUCUAGUUAAUGUGCCUUUAACAGUCUCAAUUUUCAAAAAUGGCAAAUAGCUGUGUGCUCACUUCUGUUUGCAAUUGCUGUUUAAACCUGCAUUUGAAAAGGGUUCCAGGGUGGCUGCGUUUGGCUGCAGCCGACAAUUAGUACAGGCUGUUAAUGUUGUCCCUGGAUCGGAUUGCCCCGUGAUGGGCUCUUUAACAAGCGUGAAGCACCGUAGUUGUGGAGAGUCCCCACAGGCCAAACGUGUCGGUGUCAGAUGUUCCUUCUCAUGCCCUACAAGUGCAACCAGCAGGCGCUCGGAUUUCAUUCUGCCUUGCUCUUGUUUUCUUCAUAGAAAACUCUGGGUCUUCAUACCAACAUGAUUUUGUGCCCAUUUCUUCAAAUCAUUUGAUAUGGACAGCACUGUAAGAAGUCCUUUCAGAAUCCUUCAGUUCAGUUGCUUUCUUACAAACCCUUUUAUACUGCAGGGGUAAAGCACUGUAUUUUGUAAAACAACCACCAGGAGUUCCAGCAGCUCUGCUACAGUCAUAGUUUUUUCUUUUGUUGUUUUUUUUUUUAAUCUGCCUAGUAUUUAAUUCGGCAGCAAUGUACACAUUCUGUAAGUACUGCACUGAAUUUUUGGGAUGAGUAAGUAUCAGUCGAAUGCUUCUGGGUUGAGGGAUUAAUUAUAUUAAUAUACUGUUGACUUCAGUGGAGGCAGAGUUAAGGUAUUAGGUCACGCUUAAAGCCAGAGAGGUGGUUUUGAUUUGGAGCUGGGUUUGAUUUUUAAAAUCCUCAGCCCUCCCUGAUUUGUGGAGUAAUCAGAUGAGAUUUAGUUUAUUCCCUCCUUCUUCCCCCACCUCAGGUUUGUUGAUAUGCAGUUGUUUCUCUUUUUUUUUUUUUUUCAGUUUUGAUUUAGGCAGUUUACAUUUUUUGAAUGAGGUGAAGAAGACAGCAGAGUUGUAGCUAGGCAUGGUAGCAGUGACACUAGGUGGCUCCAGUUUAAGAAAAUGGGACACUUAGAGGCCCUUUUCAAGUCAAGAUUGUUAUCAGCUGUAUGUUUUGAUAGUUGGUAGUGAAUCUUCAGUGCUUUAAAAUCCCAAAGUGGUUGUCCAGUACAACACAAAUUUAAGAUACACAAUUAUUUCUGUGUUCUGUAUCAAUAACUGGAGGAUUCUGGUGAUUCAGCCUUUUUGAUUCCCAUGAGAGAGGCCAACAUCAGCAUAAGAGUUUUUUUUCUAGUUAUGGGUUUGGCAUCUCUGCUGUUCUUCUCUCUCUCCCCACAGGAGCCCUCUUGCAAUUCCAGUUAGUCUGAUGGUAUCUAUAUAAACUGAAACUAAGAAAUUUAUAUUAGUUUGUCAUUAUUUUUAUUAGAACAGCCUGCAGGGAGGUUGUCUAGGUCUUCUGAGGCUUGUCUUGCUGUGGCCUUUUCAGGAGUGUGUGUAAAACUGUUAGUUUCCAAACUAGAUGUGUUAUUUUUGAUCUUUCCAGACUGAAUAUUCUUUGCUCAUGAUAUUUACUGUCACUGCUAGUCUUUUUGUCUGUACCUGGAUACAUAUAGUUUGGAAAUGAUUUGCCUUACAGCUUGUAAAGAGAUGUUCUCCUCUUCAAAACAAGUCUCUUAUUAUUGUUCCUGGUACCUUUUCUCUUUGGUAAAGUAAAGAAAUAGUAGAAGAUGAAGGUGAGUGGGAGGCUUUGCUGAGGUACUUGAGAUUUUGGAGAAAAUCUCUUCCACAGAACUCCAAAGUUCCGUGGAAAGCUUCCUAGUUUUCCUGUGUGAUUUUCCAGAAGUGACCAUGAGCACAGCUUCUUGGGAUCAUGUUUGAUUUGCUACCCAGGUUUUCUCCCAUUCUGUUUGGGGAAAUAAAGAAGGAAAAGGGAGCUACAAGAAGGAAGGAAACACUGAGCCAGAGGAAACCCUGCUUCCAGUGGACAGGAUCAUUCCCCUUUGUGUUUCCUGUGGUCAGAGGCAUGUGAGUCUGGGGGGCCAGGAGUGUUUUUCUCCUUAAACUGUGCUUCCCUUUAUCCCACUUGCUCCUCACAGGUGCUGUCAGGGUCCAGCUGCUGAGAUCUGUGGCAGAGUUGGCUUGCUCUUGUCCCACUGUGGUAGCCAUCCUUCCACCCUUAGGUGUCUUAAUCCUGUGGAAUCCAGCUGUGCACCAGCUUGAGGGGCUAGAACAGGGCUUGGGCACAGAUGCUUCAAACCAACAGGGGUGGGCUUCCCUCUUGGGUCUAGAUCACCACCCCACCUCUCCACUGCUGUCCAUAAGGGAGAAGAACGAAGGAGGAUUUAGGCUCAGUUUUUCUAGACUUAGAAAAGGACAAAUGGCAAGGAGUGCUGAGCAUGAAACUUCCAUUCAACUGUUUGUUUUGUAAAUCUGCUCUUCCUCAAGUGUCAGUGUUCAGCUUUGCUCAGAUGGUGUUCUCAGAUAGACAGUUUAUAUUAGGUCUUAGCUCUAAUGCUGUAGGAAGUUGGUUUGUUUGUUUAAAUGCAGAGAAGAUUAUGCAACAAACAGACCUUAAGCCUAUAAAUAUUAUUUUUUUAACAAGUUACAUUGUUACCUGCUCUGAAAGCUGGUUUCCACCCACCCCUCCUUCCAGUUCUCCACUUGGGAGAGGUGAUGUAAAAGUGCUGCAUGUUGGAGCAACCCGAAGCAGUAGGGUUUGGGGAUUUUUUGUUCUUUGUACCUGUAUUGCUUGGACAGUGUACGUGAUCUUAAUUUAAAAUUUAGUUUUCCUAUUCUGCUUCUGUGGUCACAGUCUCCUAUAGUUGUUCUUCUUUAUUAAUAGAGUCAUGAAAGUGGAAAAACUUGAGUUUCCUAAUAUAGCUCUUCAAGAUUGUAUGUUGUAUUGAACAAGAACAGGGAAUGCUGCACAUCACAAUAUAUGAGAGCAAUUGACUCUUGGAUAUAUUGAUUUCUGUUAUGAUUUUUAAAUAGGUGCAUUUGCCAUUAGGCUACUGAGGGGAUAGGUGUGGUCCUGCUGAAGCCAGAAUCUUUGUCAGAUUUUUGUCUUUCUCUGGCUUUGUUGCUUUCCUGGCAUGAUCUCCCAGGUUAGGUAGGCUCUUUGUAAAUAGAGUAGUUCACCUUAAAAGUUUGGUAAUCAAGAAACUCCAGAAGGAUGGAUGUGUUCCCAGCCUUUUCUAUAAGAAACCUUUUCUAUAAGGAUUCUCACUACACGGACAACUUGGAAUUAGGGAGAUGACUUUGCUUUCUUUUAAAGCUGAGGAAUGUUUCUGCUGCAGAAACUGGCUGAAGUGAAUUUGUGGGUUUCUGAGAAUUUUGCACCUUGUUUUAUCCUGACCUGCUUUGAUGGAAAUGUAGCCUUAACUGUAUUAAAUCCUUGAUUUAUUUCCUGUGCAGUUUAUCCAUGUUUAUCACCAGCACUUUUUUGGUUUGUGGAACAUUAUAUAAAAAAUCAGAUGUAUCUUAUUUUUUGUUAGACCCUGCUUUCCAAUUUUUUGUUGUUUGUUUUAAACAAUAACUUUGCCAAACAAUUUUAUCAGUUACAUAAAAUGGAAGGUCCUUGUUUUCCUUCAUUAGCAAUACUCUAAUUAAAGGUGCAAAAAAAAAAAAAAAAAUACAUUUAAUGUAUGUAGUCUGUGCUCUUGGAGAUUGAAAAUGUAUCAGGUUAGGAGCAACUUGAAAACAAAUUGAGGAACUGGGGCUAUACAUCCUCUUUGCUUGUUUGCCAGAUGAGCUUUAAAAAGGAAAAUAUUUGCCUAGAGUGUGUAAAAAGCUUGGUAGAAAGCAUAAAUCAGAAUCAACUUCAACUCAUUGCCAGACAAAGGUUGCUUUACAUUAUUUUUACUGUAUAAAAUACAACCAGUUUAAAACUUGUUAAUGCACAGUAAUAACUUAAUUAGCAUAGUUUUUUCACAGAAUUAGGCUAUUUCCAAUAUAUAAUAAUAAGGUUCCUUUUAUUUUUAUGACAGAUAUAUACAAAGAUGAAGAGUGUCUAUAUUUUAAUAUACUAUUUGGUGUCUUUUACAUGUUUGUUGGUCAAACUCAUUUACUUAAAUAGCAAAUUUUACACUGCUAGUGAAGUAUUACUGAAGGAGGAUUUUGUGAGUAGGCCCUACAGAACUAUGUGAAAGUAUAAUUUAGCUUAAAAAAAAAAAAGAAAGUCAAUUGAUUUGUCAAGAUUUUAAUCAUCCAUCAGUUUAGGCUUCAUGAAGUAUUUCUGUAAAACAACUGUGGAUGUUUGAAUGAACGCUGCAAAAAACUUCUACCUCUUGUGUAACAACUCUUUAAAUUUACACCUCCCAGAUCUCUUUGGGAUGUGCUCGGAUAGUGCUGAGUGUUGGUACACCUUAACUUCAUCUGCUCUUCCUGGUUUUUCUGUUGUCAUUCCCUGUGGAGCACCAGGAUGCCUCGUAGCUGGGGCUGGAUUAUCUUCCCUUGUGUCAAGAGCUUCAGGCAGAGCGUGUGCGCCCUGACACCUGGUUCUGCUGAGCACAAGGUGCCACGGUCAGAAGGGAUUCUGAGGUUUGUCUUACUGAAUUAACGUCUCAGAAAUUCUGUAAUAAAUCAUGGCCAGUGUAAUUUUCCAGUAUUUUUAUGUAUGUAUUUUGAUUUCUUUUAUUUAACUGAUCAGUUGUGUUGGAUGUAUGUCCCUAAUAAAUAAUGACAGCUUCUUGUUUA